AUGAAACUAAGUGGAAUUCCUGCAUUAGCGGCUUCCCUAUUUCUUCUGGAAGUUACUGGAAUAAUCGCAUUAAACCUGGAGGAUAUUGUAGUCGAACUAAAUGAAAUACAUCAAUUCCGGACAAUUCUAUACUUUAUUACGGACUUGGACGACGAAAGCAGAACAUUGGUACCCGAGAAAAUCAGUCCAAACAUAGAUAAUAUUCCCAAAUUGGUUGUGGAUCAUACCUUUGAGGGUGUAUCUUUAAAAGGUCAAUUCGGCUCCAAUGUAUUAUCACUGGCCUUCAUAACACUAUCAAAUAAGGAAGUGGCCCUCGAAGUGUUGCGGAGAACCUUGAAAGGGAAUUUGUUAUCCCCCAUUGUUUUCCAUUUUCUUACAGAUACUUUAUCCAAGGAUGAUUUAAACCAGUUCGUUGCUGAGCUACGCGAUGAAAUGAUGUUCAAUAGUCUAGUGUUGGUCAACAAUCGCCUGUUCACGUUUAACCUUUAUCCCAGCACUACCAUUAGGGAAGUCGCGUCAACGGAAUCACUCAAACUGGCUUUGGCGGAAAAGUUUUCGAAUCUUCACGGAUUAGAUGUUAGAGUUGUACGCAUUACUGAUAUAUCAACAAGUGUGCAGUAUGUGGACGAAAAUGGGAACCUCCAAUAUGGAGGGAUAUUCAUGAAGACUAUCCUUGCAUUCAUCAAAAAAUACAAUGGGACAUUUGUUGAACAUUUGGAUAUUCCUAGAGGUUUCGAGAAUCUCGAAAAAUAUCUGGCUAAUGGAGCAUUCGAGAUUUUCACUAUGAAUAGUCUGGGUUACGGUGGUGAGGAAUACAUGUCCUAUCAAUUGCCGCUACAUACAACAUGUUUAAUACUACCAUAUCAAAAGGAACUUCCCAGAGUUUUCUACCUCAUGUUACCAUUUCAAGUGCCUACCUGGUUUCUACUAGGUUUCGGGACGUUUACUCUGUUCUUCGUUAUUUUGAUUAUCGAAGCUCUCUAUGGCAGGAAUACUGACUCAUUGAGGACGUUCCAAAACGCGUUCUUCGAAGUUUGGAGAAUAACCACUCAACAGCUGAACUCGCGGCCUGAACUGGAGGUGAAUCGAUGGGUAGUCGUGGUGCAUCUACUGGCCAUUGUCCAGUUUAUGUUAAUUCUGAGCCUUUACCAAAGUGGCUUGAGUAGCUUCUACACCAAAUCAAUUCCCACUAGGCAGAUCGAUACCCCAGACGAUUUGGAAAUGAGCAACUAUAAAGUGUUGGUACACGAGAGAACGCUGUAUCAUCUACAACACUUUGGCGGCUUUCCGCCCAAUGUUGUUGAGAAUUUCGCCCCUGACGAGGGAAGCAUUGAUACAAAUCUGGUUGAACUGGAUCCAAACUAUGGAUAUUUACCACGACCAGAAUACGUUGACGUUUUAAUUGGAUUGGAGCAGUCUUCGUUGAGACAAUUUCAUUUCAGCAAAAUCUGUGCACGACGGGAACCCUACAGUAUUAUGAUUGGAACAAGGUUUCCAUUCAGAUCGCUCCUUUCUGAGGUGAUUCUUCGUCUGGCUGACGCUGGUGUAAUGGAUAAAUGGAAUAAGGAUAUAUUUUAUGAAAGUGGGAAGGCAGGUUGUCUCAAAGUUAAAGUGAUAUACGAGAGUCCUUUGAGACCAUUAAAAGUUGACGAGCUUUAUGGAAUUUGGAUUAUUUAUGCGAUUGGGAUGAGUGUCUGCAUUAUUGUUUUUCUCAUUGAAAAAUUCUGGAAGACCAUCGUACAUUUCUUUGAACGAAUUUUUAAAAGAAAAUUCAAUAUUAAACUGUUUUAG